AAUUGAACAAGUUAUCAGCUAGACAGCUACUGAACAUCAUUCAAACGUUGUUGAGAGAAGCAGAAACAGAUAAUGUCCCUACUCCAGAAGGGUCUGUGUUGUGGCUUCGACAUCCAUAGCCAUAGCCAUAAUGGAAGAAGGUCCCUCAAACUGUUAUCAGCUACUCCGUCUCUACGCACCACCAUCAGUUACCACACCCCAAAACCGUCACUAAAAACAACCCAAUUCCACAUGCACAAUUCUCUUCUUCACCUCAUGAAAAAUGGUAAACCAAAGAGGAAGCUGAAACCUCUCUCAGCAGCUCUUUCAGCUCCACCACCGCUUGACCUCACAGAAAGCAACGUGAAGCAGGUUUUAGCCGAUGCUCGAGGGGAAUUCGGUCAGAUCUUUGACACUUCUGCUGGCAUGACAGGAAUUGUUGAAUUGGCCGAAUUGGAUGGACCUUUUGUGAAGAUUAGCCUCAAGGGUCGGUUCUGGCAUGAGCGUUCCAUGGUCUUGGCCAGAAUUGCUAAUUAUCUCAAACAGAGGAUUCCUGAGAUUUUGGAGGUUGAUAUAGAAGACGAGAAACAAUUGGAUGACAGUCCUGAGAAUUUUUAAGUUUGAUACUGCAUUAGCUGUCAUAAGACAUGUAAGUAAAAAUUCUUCCACUUUGUGAUACACAUUCUCUACAGCUUAGGUGCUUCUAUGGUCGCCACCAUUGCCUAGGAAUAUGAUGAGACCGCCUGUUUAAAUGUGUCACACUCAAAUUAUGAUCCUCUCAUGUUAUGAAUCCAGAAUGAAUAAUGCUUCCCAGAAGCUGUUAUUUUGCUUACCAGUUGUUAGGAAUACUAUGAUUUCUUGCUGAAUGAAGACUUUAGAUCUCUGAAAUCAGUUAGCUUAUAGAGUUAAGUUUCUGUGUCGUACUUUUAUCAUGGUUGGGGACCAGAAUUUUCCAAUCAACUUGGAUUAGAUGACCUGAACUGGAUGAUUUAAUAGAAUGCCGUUAAUAGGUAAUUACCUUCUUAUUACUGAUCAUUUCACAUGUAUUGUCAGGACGGUGAUACCAGAAAGCAUGUUUACACCUUCUAUGAACUAUUUUUUU